UUGGAUAUCACACCAGCCUGCCAUUCUGGUAUCAAAUGGCUUAGUAGAUACUUUAAUGCUUGGCCGACUCUGAGUGUAGAUGACGAUUCAUCAGGUGAAGGCAAUCACUUGGAUAAAUCUGAAGGAAACCUUCUUUCAGUCCGUACGGCAGCUGGGCCUCAGAACGAAUAUCAAGCUCCUAUGAACAUAAGUACUAGUGAGCAGAGUUCUGAUUAUAAUAGUGUUUAUUCUGCCUCCCCUUUGAGAUUAAAUGAAGGGGUCCUGCCAACGAAAUCCCCACGCCAACUGCUUGAAGCAUCUCAGAGUUUGCUGGAUGUUUCGCCUGAAGCCGGAUCACCUACCGGCAUUUCCUGCAGACAUCGGUUGAGUGACCAUAAUACAUGGCGCCAAGGUAUAGCUAGAUAUAUAUUGCCUCCCUCCACAUACCCCAGUCAUGAUGCAGUGGCACCUUCGUGGACCGCCGCAACCAGGCCCCGCAACCACACUUCUCUCAUCUCCUCAUUAUCCCACUCUUCUUAUGUCAACCUCUGUCAUUCCUCAUCCUCACAUGAGGAUUUGGUUCGUUUUCCUGGUCUGGCAGUGUUGCGCGAGCUUCUGGUGCUACGUGGAGAAGAGGCUUUCAUUCAAAGAGGCGAAACAAUGGAAGGAAAGUUAAAAUCAAAUAAGUGGGAAAGGAUAUUUGGGCAGAGAAAGAAAUACUUCAGACGUUUAGUGCUUGGAGAAGCUCAGCAGGCUGCUGAGUUACUGCGGAUGAGGAACAACCUAGCCGUUGAUGGUUUAGGCGUCCGAAUGCUCGAGAUAAGUGUAGGUUGA